AUGAAGCGUGCCUUCGUGGUAGUAGGCCCCGACUCCGGUAUCUGCGAGAUGUUUGAUCUCAAGGGUGCACCAGACGCUAAUACGUUUCUAACGAUGAUAAGCUGCUUCAACCCGGAACAGUUGGAGCGGGAGCUAAGCUGUGAUGUCGCUUACUUAAUACUUCGAAGUAAAGCAUUAAGAUGA